GUACCUAGGUACCUAGGUACUUAGGUAGUCCCCUCACCUCACCACCUGAGGUCUCGAGUUGAACCAUCCAUCGCGUUCAACGACCGCGACUCCAGCAGGCCUCAUAAGCUCGUCGCUAGCGACCGGAUGAGCGUGUAAAUUCUACACGAGAAUCACCUCAUUUCUGAUCUAAGCAACAUGUCGCCGCCCGUAGAUUCGGCCAUCCUCUCGGCACUGGGCCUCGACCCCGACACCACCAAGCAAUCGUCGCAUGGCGGCUCGGGCUUCUCAUCCACCUUCAGAAUCUCAGGCAAAAAGGAUGGAAAUAAUGUGGCCUACUUCGUCAAGACAGGCACAGGCAGGGAUGCCAAGGUCAUGUUCGCCGGCGAGCAUGAGUCCCUGAACACAAUCCACAACGCCGUUCCCAACUUCUGCCCAAAGUCGCACGCCAACGGCGAGCUCCAGGACUCUCCGGGCAAGUUCUUCCUCGCGACCGACUUCCUCGACCUGGGGUCAUCGGGCGCCGAGGGCUCCGGACUGUCCAUAGCACAGAAGCUGGCGAAACUGCACACGACCGAGGCGCCGGUGCCGGAUGGGUACGACAAGCCCAUGUUUGGGUUCCCUGUGACGACGUGCUGCGGCUCUACGGAGCAGGACAACUCCUGGAAGGAUUCUUGGGCCGAGUUCUACGCCAACAACCGCCUGCGCCACAUCGGAAGGCAGUGUGUCAAGUCGAACGGGAAGGACGGCGACUUCGAGAACACAUUGGAGACUGUUGCUGCGAAAGUCGUCCCACGGCUGAUCGGCGAUGACGGAGUCAAGGAGAUCAAACCGGUGGUCAUCCACGGCGAUUUGUGGAGUGGGAAUCACAGCCGGGGCAUCAUCGCGGGACGGGGAGGAGUCGAGGAAGUAGUCUACGAUCCCUCUUCUGUCUACGGGCAUUCUGAGUACGAACUCGGCGUCAUGCGUAUGUUCGGAGGCUUCGGCGGGUUCUGGAAGGAAUAUGAGAAGCUGGUGCCCAAAGCGGAGCCGAAGGAAGAAUGGGAGGAUCGGAUUGCGCUCUACGAGUUAUAUCACCAACUGAACCACUUUGCCAUUUUCGGCGGUGGGUAUCGAGGCGGGGCUAUGUCUAUCAUGAAGAAGCUCAUCUCGAAAUAUGCAUAGGUGAAACCAGAACAACCUGGUGGCCGACCUGCUCGCUUUACGACCGAGGACAUGUUCAUCAAGAUCACCCUCCACGAAGUCUUCUGAGAGCGGUCGCGUCUCAGCCAUUUGAUGUGCGCAACACAUACUUGAGCGACGGCGCCUUUGAUGAUAGCUCAUACCUACCACCUGGACGGCGUUGCCAUGCACACGUACGCACACGCGAACACGCUGCAAGAGCGGCCUUGGCCGAAACGUGCUUCGCUGAGGCCUUGAGCUUAUAUGCUGGACGAUCAAUGUCCGGUCGCCGCGCAACGAUGCACAUCUUCUCCAAGUCGUUCAGGGACAGCACGUUGCACAUUUACACGCCAGCAGAGACGGGGACAACCGGCCAUCACCACUGAUUUGGUUGGCCGCUGCAAUACAACGCGCCCAACCCCAAACUCCACAAUGACAUCCCAUAAUGGAUGUCUACAUGCACUCACAGACCCUUCAAGCAAAAAUGAGGAUACCCAACGCCUGACGUCCAUGGAGUGUCAGACUGCAAAAGGUUUGCGCCAGCCCGGAGUCGAACCGGGGGCCCAUCGAUGGCAACGAUGGAUUUUACCGCUAAACCACUGGCGCGUUGUAGUUGUGGAUUUGUUGUGAGAGUCGUGGCAGAAUUGUUGGUUAUGGGGCGGUGUUUGGUGUAAGAAGAGUUCUCAAAGCGGGUACAGGCGGUGAGAAGUCGUGGGGUGUGGGAGGGUUGUGGUUGGGGCAAACAUCAGGGUUACACCUUCAAAAGGAGACUCGGAGGAAUGAAGCGCAUCCUAAUGAGGGGCCGUGUGUCGCAGACGAGAUGAGCCAGACUCAGGGAGGUCGGUGGAAAAGGACAGACGGUAUGUUUGUGAAUAUAGAUGAAGACGGAGAUCGGGUUAUCACAAUGAGAGCAACCAAACUGCCACAACUGCAAUUUGGAGCAUCAGACGGGAGCGAGCAUGGUCAUGGGCAGUUGAACUGGGCUGGUAUAAAGUAGGCGGGCAAGCAUGAGUACCUGAGUACCUAAAGUAGGGAGGUAGGCAUCUAGAUACCUAGGUAGAUACGUGGUGAGUGUCUAGACAGACUACCGACCUACCUACCUUCUACCUGAA